UUCUAUACCACUAUUGCAAAGUUACCCAUUCAUAGCAAUGUUAUCAGGCAUAACUUUAUACACAGUGAUUAGUAUUGCUUCUGUGCUGAAGAAUGUUAUGGCUGUGACAAUUAAAACGGGUAUAUUCCUUAUACAAAAUCGAGCAGUGGAACAACACCAAAGAGGGGCAGCUAAUGGAAUUUCUAUGACAGCUAUGUCUUUUUGCAAAGCUGUUGGUCCUGCUGCAGGUGGUGCAAUAUUAACUUGGUCACAAAAACGUAGGGAUGCUUCUUUCCUUCCGGGCUCUCAAAUGGUCUUUUUUUUCUUGAAUUUAGUUGAAGGACUUGGAAUACUUUUGUUGUUCAAACCAUUCCUUGGUGAAAAGAAGAACACACACUCAGAUCAGUUACAUUGAUAUCCAUCAACUUUUGAUUUUUGAGUCAUGCUUUAUCACUAUCAUUAAGUGCAUUAUUAGAUUUGUCAUCAUAUACAAGUGAUUCUUAUUGCUAAAUUGAUAGUAGAAACACCAAAUAAAAAAAGAAAAAUGAGGAAGUAAUUGUGCUUCUUUACUGGAAUCAUGACUCUCAAGGGGAAAGACAAUUCACAAUAUUAUCCUUAUGAAAUUUUUUUUCAUGACUUU